AUGUCCACCUCAGAGGCUGCCAACGGGGCAGCCGCCCUCGCCGCACCAGUUGCGGAUGCUGUACAGCAGAAUGGACAAGCUGAAGACAGUGGUGGCUUCAAACUAAAGUUUUGCACGGUGUGUGCCAGCAACAACAACAGAUCCAUGGAAGCCCAUCUUCGCCUCUCCCAAGCCCAUUAUCCCGUCAUAUCUUUCGGCACAGGCUCCUUGGUACGACUGCCUGGUCCAACCAUCACGCAACCCAAUGUGUACCACUUCAACAAGACCUCUUAUGAUAGCAUGUACAAGGAGCUGGAGGCAAAAGAUCCCCGUCUUUACCGUGCCAAUGGCAUUCUAAACAUGCUUGGACGGAAUCGUGGUGUGAAAUGGGGCCCUGAGAGGUGGCAAGACUGGCAGAUUGGCAUUCCGCGGCUCGACCAUGCUAAGGAAAUGGGCAGUGACGGGACCGAGGGCGGAGUGGUAGAUGUGGUCAUCACCUGUGAAGAACGUUGCUGGGAUGCCGUCAUUGAUGAUCUUUUGGCUCGAGGCUCGCCAUUGAACCGCCCAGUUCAUGUUAUCAAUGUAGACAUCCGCGACAACCACGAGGAGGCGGCCAUCGGAGGUGGAGGCAUUCUUGACCUUGCCAAUUCGUUAAAUGCGGCAGCAGCUGAAGAACGGGAAAAGGUCGGCGCCAUGUCCUUUGACAGCGGCAACGCCGCUGCCCGGUCCAGCUUUGAUGAACGCGUGCCGGACAUCCUGGCUGAGUGGCAAGAGAGAUGGCCUAACCUCCCAGCAACCUGGACCUUGGCCUGGUUUUAA